AUGGUGCGAAGUUGCAUGUACAAUGCAGAUCCUGAGAUAGCCUACAAGCAGGCCAAGGAAGUUCUUCAGAAGAAUUAUGGCAACAAAUACAGGAUUACAAAUGCCAUAAUCAAGCGUAUGGAGGAGUGGCCAGAAAUAAAGACCGAUGAUGCAGAGAAGCUCAAUAACUUUUCGCAUUGCUUGACCGAGCUUCUGAACACUGCCAAGGAUUUGAAACAAAAUUUGGGAGCCAAGCCACAUGAAGAACGCAUCGAGUUUUGCAGAUCACAGGGCUUAUGUUUCUCCUGUCUCAAGAAAGCAUCACAUUUUGCAAAGGAGUGCAGGAGUAGGCUGAAGUGUACAUUGUGCCAAAGGACGCAUCCAUCAGUACUGCACAGACAAUUUCAAAAGGGAACCUCAAUUCCAAACCAAGAUGGUGUUCCAAAGUCUCAGAAAGAAGUUCCAGUACAUAAGGACACAGUACAUGAGGACACUUAUGCUACUUCUACUAACAGUGGAAGUCCCGCUACAGACAAAUCAGAGGAUGGUGUAAAACGCACAUUGUCAAGUUUCAGCAGUGGAUCCGGCAGCCUCCCUGUUGUGAUUUCUGUAGUGGUGCGCUCAAAGGAAAGUGGAAAACAAAUACAGACAUAUGCAUUUCUGGACAGUAGACGCAAUGCAGUUUUUGUUAGCCAAGACAUGAAGGACAGACUCCAGCUAUCUGGAAAAAGGAAAAACAUACAAUUGCAAACCUUGACAGAGAGUAAGACCGUAAACUGUGAAGUAAUCAACGAUAUAGAGGUUCUAGACUUAAAAGAGGAGAACAACCUUCAAAUCAGAGAAGCAUUUGUCCAGCAGUCUAUUCCAGUUGGGAAAGAGGAAAUUCCAACACAAGCCAAGUUGAAGCAGUUUCCAUACCUCCACCAUAUUCAGUUGCCAGAGAUUGACGAGGAUGUGGGCAUACUAAUUGGAAAUAACAUUCCAAAAGCGUCAGAACCGCUGGAAGUUAUCCACAGUGAACAUGAUGGUCCUUUUGCAUUUAGAACCUUGUUAGGUUGGGCAGUGUAUGGUUUAUCCAAGUCUGACGAGUCACAAAGGAUUUCAGCUCAUCAUGUUUUGGUCCAAGCAGAUAUUAAUCAGCAGCUGGUAGAUAUGUUCAACCAAGACUUUAGUGAAAGGGUGAUAAAUGAUGAACCUGAGAAGUCAAGACAGGAUAGGCAGUUUAUAGACUCAGUUGAAGGAUCUAUUCAGCAUGUAGAUGGGCAUUAUGAGAUUGGUCUGCCUCUAAAAAGCCAAAGUAUGAAGAUGCCUAACAAUAAACCUCAGGCUGAACAGCGUUUAGCACAUCUACAGAGGAAGUUCAUGCGUCAGCUACAAUUUCACAGAGAAUACAAGGACUUCAUGCACAAGGUAAUAGAUCAGAACUAUGCUGAAAUGGUGCUAGACAAGGAACUUAAUUCAGAGAAAGAAUGGUCAAGUCUGGUACAUCCCACACCAUGGUGUCUACCAUCCUCAGAAAAGGAAACUACGAGUUGUAUAUGA